AUGUCGGAGUUUACGCUACAAUAUCGCUCGUUAAACGUGAACCAUCUACUAGAUGAUGAAUUAGAGCAUGAGCUCACUAUUCGCGCGGUUAAGUUUACAAGUGGUGAAUCGCGCGAUGUGAAACGCAGGAAACUGCGAAAUGCGAUGAAACAACAACGCGAAACAAACCAUUUCGAGCUUCUACCGGUAGAAGAAAACGCGCGCGAAUCAGAGUUCAAUCUGAUUGAUGAAAAGAUAGCGAAAAUUCGCGAUAUGCUAGACAAUCGUCGUGCGCGGAAGUCUAUGCUGGCCGAACUAAAAACGCGUCUCAUUCAUUUGUAUUUCCGGUUAAUCAGAUUGAAACUUGUGUUCAAUACGCAGAAUCUAGAGGCCAUUCCGUUGAUGUUGCUCAAUGACCACUUCUCUUUCCUUUCCAAUGAUCCGUCCUUAGCUGCGGAAACCUCGCGAAGAACGCUGGAAUAUAUUGAGCAGUUGAGAGAUUUUGAUAUAGGAAGUGAUGAGUCUAGGAAUGAGGAGGAAGAAGAGGAAAAAGAGGAGUCGGAUGAAGAAGAGAUAGCUAAUUUUGAGAAAGACAGGCGUAUUACAUUCAGGAAUAGGUCGGAGGAAAUUGAUUCAAGUACUCCUAAAAGAACACUGGAAAAUAAACAAGAACUAAGUAGAGAUUUUUCAUUAUCCGAUGUUGCUGAGCUCAUUUCAGAGAAAUUGGCAGAAUUUAAAAUGGAAAUUUUUGAAACUCAAGAUAGGGAUAAGAAACUGAACCAAUUAAAAAAGAAACCAAUUAACCGUGAAAUUGGUAAAGCAGAUCGGGGUUUGAAAUCUAAUAAGAAGUUUACUCCCACGCAUUCUGAUAGCAGCGAGAAUGAAAGCAUUUAUGCUGCUAAAACUUUGAAGCGCAGACCGAGACCAGUAACUGACUGGAAACUGCGCUAUGACGGUAGGGACGAAGGCAGACAUUUAAACCGAUUCAUAACCGAAAUUGAAUUCUUGUCAGAGGCAGAGGGGAUUAGUAAAGAAACGUUGUUUCACGAAUCCAUUCAUCUCUUUGCUGGAGAUGCUAGGUCUUGGUUCAUAGAAGGGAAGAAAAAUAGGCAAUUUAGAAGCUGGAAUGAACUCGUGGCCGAGCUGAAGUUGGAGUUCCAACCUCCAGAAAUGGACUUCAACUAUGAACAGCAAGCAGUGAACAGGCGUCAGAAAAGGGGUGAAAAAUUUCAGGAUUUUUACAACGCGUUGAUGGAGAUUUUCGGAAGGAUGGCCGAUCCCCCAACGGAAGAAAGGAUCUUCCAAAUCAUGUUCCGGAACCUUCGAGCAGAUUACAAAAAUUCGUUAGUCGUGAAGGGGGUUAGGACAUUGCAUUCGCUCAGGGUUUGGGGUAGAAAACUCGAUUCGGUGAACUGGUUCAUGUACAAGAACAUGGAUCAAGCUCCCAGGCAAGGUCAGCUGCACGAAAUCUCACAGUAUCCCUCUCAAAAACAGCAGACAUCUAACGGAAGGGAUUGGAAAGGUAGCGGCUACCAAAAGAGCGCCGAUUGGAGGAAUUCGGGUCGGUCUGAUUUCAAAGUUCAAAAUUAUGAUCAGAGAGGUCAGACCAGAUCCAAGUUCCAGGACCAAAGGCGCCCGGAGCCGAGAUCUUACCAUUCUCAACCUAACGCUCAGGAAGGUAAUAGCAGGACAUCAUUGGAAGCUAGAAUAGCAAAUUAUCGGGUACCGGAUCGAAACGCAGAAAUAGAAGAGCUUAUUAUUCGCGUAGAAGGAGACAACCGCCCGUUUGCGAGGGUGGACGUGAUGGGAGUUCAGGUUGUUGGGUUGUUAGAUUGUGGGGCACAAAUGACGGUUUUAGGUGUUGGAAGUAGGAAGCUGCUUGAUGACCUAAAGCUGAAACAGUACCCCACGAACAUUAAACUUUCAACAGCCGGUGGAACUGCCCUGAACGUUACAGGAAUCGUUGAUCUGCCUAUGAUGUUUAACGGUGAAACUAAAUUGAUAUCUACAGUUGUAGCGCCGAACCUUAGUCGUCGUUUAGUUCUAGGAAUGAAUUUUUGGAAGUCUUUUGGAAUAGAACCGUCGGUUAGUAGGAUAGAGGAGAUCGCGUACGAAGAAAAUGAAGAACCGGAAGUAGGAAAUGAAGAAUUAUUGUCAUCAAUUGAAAAGCAUAGAUUAGAGGAAGUGAAGAAAAAGUUUAAAGUGUACAAAGAAGGAGAAAGGCUUGAUGCGACACCGCUCAUGACCCAUUCGAUUGAGUUCACCGAGGAAUUCAAGGACGCGCCACCAAUUCGGAUGAAUCCUUACCCGUGGUCGCCUGAGGUUCAAAAAGCAGUUGAUGAGGAAUUGAAUAAGUGGAUCGAUGCGGGGGUGGUCGAACAAUCGCACAGUGAUUGGGCUAUGUUAAUAGUUCCGGUUGUGAAAAAGGAAGAAAGCUCGGACUCGAAGGAAGGGAAACUUAAGGUUAGGAUGUGUAUCGACGCGAGAAAGUUAAAUGCUAGGACCCGGAGGGAUGCCUACCCACUUCCACAUCAGGACCGUAUCCUUAGCAGGUUGGGUCCAGCCAAGUAUUUGAGCACUAUUGACCUUUCCAAGGCAUUUUGGCAAAUACCGUUGGAUCCAAACUCGCGAAAGUACACGGCUUUCCGGGUGUUUGGGAGAGGGUUGUUCCAGUUUACCAGGCUUGGAAUGGGAUUAGUUAACAGUGCCGCCGUUUUAUCGCGUCUCAUGGAUCAGGUGUUAGGGUAUGGUGAACUGGAACCAAAUGUGUUUGUUUACCUGGACGACAUCGUCAUUGUAAGCAACACAUUUGAGGAGCACCUCCGGAGUUUAGAGGAAGUAGCCAGACGACUCAAAGCUGCCAACCUUUCCAUCAAUUUGGAGAAAUCCAAAUUUGCUGUUUCAGAACUUCCAUACCUGGGUUUCAUCUUAUCUGAAAAGGGAUUCCGUCCUAAUCCAGAUAAGAUCGAGGCUAUCGUAAACUUCGAGCGACCCACGUCGGUCAGAUCGUUGAGACGGUUUUUGGGAAUGGUUAACUAUUAUCGACGCUUUAUUGAUAAUUUCAGUGAAAAGACUGCGCUACUGACGGAUUUACUAAAGGGCAAACCUAAGGUUAUCCAGUGGAAUGCGGAUGCGGACCAAGCCUUCUCGGUCCUCAAAGAAAAAUUAAUAACAGCGCCGAUACUAGCAAAUCCAGAUUUCCAGAAACCUUUCACGAUCCAGACCGACGCGAGCGACACUGCUUUGGCUGGGGUUCUGACUCAGGAAAAUGAUGGAAAGGAGCAUGUUGUCGCAUACUUUUCACGGAAAUUGACCAUGACCCAAAGGUCAUGGAAAGCCGCUGAAAAGGAGGGGGCAGCAGCUAUGGAAGCUAUUGAGAAGUUCCGGCCAUAUGUAGAAGGAACACGAUUCACACUCAUAACGGACUCGUCAGCUCUUUCCUUCAUUAUGAACAGCAAAUGGAAACCGUCUUCCAAACUUAGUCGCUGGAGCAUGCUUCUACAGCAGUAUGACAUGGUUAUACGGCACAGAAAAGGAUCCGAAAACGUGGUUCCGGAUGCCAUUUCUAGGGCUGUAGAAAGCAUCGACACGACUAAGCAGGAAUGGUAUCCGGCUGUUCAAUGA